GUGCAAAAAAUAUCAAACUUCUUGAAACUUAUUGUUUUCCUAUAUGUCCUGAUAAUGUUGAAGAGUUUUUGGUGAAAUUACAGGCACAAAUUAGAGAUUUAUUUGAGAAACGUAGUGUACCUUUAUUACCUGAAUUUAAUACUUGCUGGAAUCUUAAACAAGCAUUGGUGAAUGUUAGAAUAAAUUUAUUGGCAAGAGGAUGUCCAAGAUGGAAUGCUAUUAUUUACAAGAUUGGAAAAAAAGAUACUUAUCAAAAGUGGAAGAAAAAAAUAAAAAAGAGUGAUAGUAAUAGGGAUCUUUUAACUGAAGAAAUUGACAAUAAG